AUGGAUGAUACCAAGAUUAUAUACCACAUAGAUGACGAAGAAACUCCUUAUUUGGUUAGAAUUGCUGUAUGCCCCAGCGCUGUUACCUUAGGGGACUUUAAAAAUGCAUUGAACCGGCCAAAUUACAAAUUUUUCUUCAAAUCAGUCGAUGCUGAUUUUGGAGUCGUGAAAGAAGAAAUAGCGGAUGAUGAUGCGAGACUACCAUGUUUCAAUGGGAAAGUUAUUUCAUGGCUUGUUUCUGCAGAUAGCAGUACAAAAUCAGAUAACCAUUCAACCGGCACAGGCGAGAAUCACCUUUCCGGUCAAAAUAAAAAUUCUACAAACUUCAACAAAGCUUCUGACAAUAUACACAGUGCCUCAAAAAAUGAAAUCCCCAGCGAACAAGAACAUGCCAUUGGGACAACAGGGCAUGGUCUUGAGGAAUGUGAUACUUGUGUCGAAACAGACUCAGUAUAUAGCGGUGAUCGGGUUCCUCCUCUGAAAAAUUUUCAUAAUUACAAGCAUGGUUCACGCUUGGCUAAACUUGGUCAAAGAAUUCAAAAUUAUGAAACUUCUUCAUCUAUGAUGAGUUCAGAUCUGGAAUCCACAAGCUUUUUCGAUUCAGAAGACGAAUCAAGCAGAUUUUCAACAGCAACAGGUACAACUAUGUCUUCGGCAAAAUAUCCAAGACAUAGAAGACAACGAAGACACAGACGAAUUCUUCCAAUAAGACGUACCAGUGAAGAUGCUACUUCUUUUAGCAGUGUAACCGAUUCCACAAUGUCUCUCAAUAUAAUUACCGUAACUUUGAACAUGGAUUCAGUGAAUUUUCUUGGAAUAAGUAUUGUGGGUCAAUCUAAUAAAGCAGGAGAUGGUGGAAUCUAUGUGGGAUCUAUUAUGCGUGGUGGAGCUGUUGCACAAGAUGGUCGAAUAGAACCUGGAGAUAUGAUACUAGAAGUAAAUAGAAUCAGCUUCGAAGAUAUGAGUAAUGAUGAAGCUGUAAGAGUUUUACGUGAGGAAGUUCAAAAACCUGGUCCUAUCACUUUAGUGGUUGCAAAAUGUUGGGAUCCCAGUCCAAAGAACUACUUCACAAUUCCUCGUCAAGAACCGGUUCGUCCGAUUGAUCCUCGGGCUUGGGUCUUACAUACAAAUGCGAUGACUGGAGCACUUGGAACACCCGGAUUUGAUGGAAAUACACCUUUUUUUGGUUCCGGAUCACCUGCUGCUGGAAUGGCAAUGAUUCCUGGGCAUUUUAUGGGCAUGACUCCAUCCUCUGGUUUGUCCGUACCAUCUAUGCCUCCUGGUAUGCCUCCUUUAAUUUUACCACCUUCAAUGGCUGGAAUCAAUGCAAUACCUUCAUCUAAUAUGACUACGAAAUCAUUACCGGAAGUUGCUGACGGUGAUGGUGGUGGGUAUCAUCGCAGUAGAGGUCCAGCAAGUAGUGGAGUUGUUGGUGGGCCAGGUAGUACGAAAACUAACGGUUCCCGAUCAGGAGGUGAGACAACUGUCGAUGCUAAAGGUACUCAGUCACUUCUGUCCGGUGCAAAUGGCAAAUCAUCCACAUCAUUAACUGUAGCUUCUGAUAUGGCUUCUGUAGUUCAUGACAUGUUGAUGUCUGAUUCUGGUCUAGAAAUACGUGAUCGAACGUGGCUGAAAAUAACCAUUCCAAAUGCUUUUAUUGGCUCCGAGUUAGUUGAUUGGUUAUUCACACAUGUAGAUGGCUUUGCAGAUCGGCGAGAUGCUCGGAGGUAUGCAUCCAACCUACUGCAUUAUGGUUAUAUUUGUCAUACCGUUAAUAAGAGUACAUUUUCCGAACAAUGUUAUUAUACUUUUGGAGAUAUAGCCACAACGUUAUCUCAUCUUAAUUUAGACGAAGUAGAUUCAGUUUCUGAAAUCGGCGCUAAUUCUUCAUCUCAUACUGGCACUCAUCCUAUGAUGCCUCAAAUGUAUCCUCACGUCCACCAUGUGCUUCCUGAUGCUCCUGGUAGUGGUUCAGCUACAGGUCUAUCAUCAGUACAAAAUCAAAAUGCUCCACCUAAUCCUAAUCUAGGUUUAAUGUCAUCUCCUAUACCUGGCGAAGGGAAUUCACUAGCUCAAACUAAUUCUCAUUAUCCCUACCCACCUGUACUUUAUCCUAUUCCAUCAGCAGCUCCUGUGUCUUCAUCUGGUCCUUGUAAUAUUGAUGCGAAUGGAAACGACUGUAGUUUUGUUAACCCAAACUCAUCUGCUCUUCCUGGUCUUAGAAAUAGAAUGUCAAAUAACGGUCAAAUGGGUGUGGAUUCUGCCAUGUAUCCGGUAAAUACCACUACCAUGCCUUCUCAUACACGUUCUGUUAUUCUUAAUCAGACACAUAUUACUACUAUGAAUGCUACAUCAAAUCAAAGAAUACAACAGCAGAAAGUAAACAACUCUUCCUCGUCUAGUUCAUCUCGUUCUUCUGCAUCUUCAACAUCUUCCUCUUCUACCGGUUAUUCUGGUAACAGAUGUCCAGCUGGUCUAUCGGCUAAUAGUACUACUCAAACAGUUAACAUCAAUGUUCCUCAAAGUAUGACCACACCACUAGAUACCUCGGCUUCUAAAGGCCUUCCUUCCUUUAAUAAGGGUAUUCAACGACGUACUGAUCCAUCAAGUGUACAAAGUCUUUCCGGCACAAGCAGUACUAGUUCUGCGAGUCGCCAAAAUGGAACUGGAGCAAGUGCUGCUGGGAGUGGUAGCGGCAGUGCCGUAACUUCACAUGUACUCAAAAAAUUUAACACGAAUAACAAUAGCCAUAAUAAUAACAGUUUGACGAAUAGAUCCGAAUGUCUUGACAAUGUUCAACGUACACAGCAUAGUAUGGAUUUUACCAAUGCAUUUCGUCAAACUAAUUGCAAUUUAGUCAAAGAGUCAAACAAUAAACCGGAAAUCAAUCAGUCAUUUAAUCAUACAAUGACAACUGAUAACUCUUUCUAUAAAUUGCUAAUUAAUGGCAUAAUCAUUUGUGGAUCUGUUUAA